AUGAAUCAAUCGAAUCAUCUCGACUUCCACGCAGUGAAGGCUGACGGGAUUGAAAACAGAUUCUCAAAUCCAAAUCUGACAAGUAUCGCCAAGUUGGUCGAGCACAACGCCGCCACCCAGCCCUCUCAGCCAGCCUUCAUCUACCCUGUCAAAGACACUUUCAGUGUACUUGACUGGACUCAGGCCCACCAGCUCUGUCGCCAAGCGGCGGCGCAUUAUUCACGACGCUUCCGUAAAGAGCUGGAAGUCUCGAACGAGACGCGCCAGCAGCCCACGAUAGCGCUUCUAGGGACCGGGAAUUCAAUUGAGUAUCUGAUUACGCAAAUUGCCCUGAAUUAUCUGCACGUCCGAUCUUUGCUUCUCAGCAACAAGAAUGCGCCGGAUACCAGAGACUAUUUGCUGCGAGUCUGCGAUGCGGUGGCAGUCAUCACCGACAAGGCGAAUGAGGCGUCGCUCUUCGGCGACAUAAGUUGCACAACGCCAGUCGUUGAAUUGAUGACCCUUACUGAGUUGCAGCAAGGCGCUGGAGCGAUCUCAGAAGACUUUGUGGUGUUUGAGACGAGCGACGAAUUCCAUGUCGCUGGCUUAUCCACCGUUCUGUCGGGUAUUCCUUACGGACUUCCAACGACCAUGCCGCCUGAAAAAUGGCCACCGGCUCCAAGUUCUAUCCUAACAGCGUGGAGAACUCUCGAAUCCCUGGGUUAUCCCGUGGACUGCACCCAUUGCGCACCCUCGGUCAUCGAUGAUCUGUACGAGUACAUCAACCUCACCACCAAAGACUUCACACCACUUGUGAAGCUCAAAGUCUUGCAGCCCGGUGGCGCCCCGCUGUCGCCAAGCAUGGUUGCGAAACUUCAAGCGCUUGGAGUUAAUGUGAAGACCACCUACGGAACAACAGAAAUCGGACCACCAAUGCGGACCAUCCCACAUACAAGAGAAAAUCCAGACGUAUAUCGCUUCCGCAAUCUCUACCCAGGCUCUCCUCUGGUGCGCAUGGAGCCUCUCGGCGACGGACUUUUCGAGUGCGUUGUUUACAAAGGCUUUCCGCUCGCGGCAGAGCUCUGGUUAGAUGAUGCGGCACCGAAUCCGUACCGCACGGGCGAUAUGUUCCUCGAAGAUCCGCCGGCAAGCGGGUACUUUGUCCUCCAGGGACGGCGAGAUGAUAUUCUCAUCCACUCCAACGGCGAGAAGACUCAUGCCUCUGCUCUGGCUAUGGCCCUUGAAGAAGACAAGACAAGCAUUAUCACAAAGACGGCGGUUUACGGGACUGGAAAGUCCUGCCCUUCUGUUGUUGUCGAGGUAGACUGGCAAGCUGUCGACAGCCGAGGGUCUAGCGUCGACAUAGAGAACGAGGUAUGGAAAGUGGUCGCAGGGUGUAACGAGAAGUCCGCAGCCUUCUCCAAAAUUCCUCGGGAGCUGGUUCUCGUUCUCGACAAAGGAGAGAUGUUGCCGGUCACACCCAAAGGGAACGUCAGAAGAAAAAACGCUUGGGAUUUGUAUGGGGAUCGGGUCGAAAAUCUGUACAGCAAACUCUUUGGCGACGACUCCGGCUCGACGACCGACUCCAACGGUUUUGCUGGUUCUCCAACAAUAGAGACAAUCCAGAAGGCAGCAUCUGAGGUGUUUGGGCUCCCACUGGAGGAAAUCGAAGAGGACAGGAACUGGUACGAACUUGGGCUCGAUUCCAUCCAGGCAGUGUCGUUACGUACUCAGCUGGUCAAGUCCUUCGGAAGCUUUCCACUCAUGUUCAUCUUCGAAUACCCGACGGCAAAGAGCCUUUUAGGCUUUCUUCUGCGUCCUAAGAGCGACGUUUUGGACACUAAAGCGAUAGUUACGACUCAACGUCAUGAGUGGAUUCAAUCUUCUAUCAACCGGAUGAAUCAGGAGAUGAAUGGGUGGACGAUACAAAAUGCCGAAGACCGUGGAGCAGCACCCAGGGGCCAGGACGUCAUCUAUCUCACAGGGGCCAGUGGAUCUUUGGGUAGCGCGCUGUUGGAAGUACUGGUGCAAGUUCCCUCCAUCAAGAAGGUGUACUGUGCAGUGCGAGGUCGCGAUCCACAAGAAAAGGUUGUCCAGUCGCUGAAAUCGAGAGGUUACGCCGAAGACGUGUGGAAGAGCACAAAGAUUCACGCUGUCAACUACGACAUGAAGGAUGCAAGGCUGGGUUUGGAUGCAGAGACCUACAAGAAAGUUGAGGCUGAGGUGACGGUGGUGAUGCACAACGCCUGGAAACUCGACUUUAACCAGCCGGUGCAGCAAUUUGACGAUGACUGUUUAAGAGGUACGACCCAGUCUACCCAGGAACGCGAAUUAUGCUGA